UAGGGAAAUGGGGAAAUGCAAAAAUGCAGGUGUUGCUUGGAGUUUGGGCCUCUUUAUCCAGGGUCAAGAGGUUAAUGGAAGCACAGCUCGAGUGAGGUCUUACCAAAAAAAGAGAAAAAGAAAGAAAGAAAGAAAAAAGGAAUUAAAUAUUUACUGGGUGAAAGAAAUGCCGAUUGGCAGAUUAAAUACGCAGCCCCUUUGUUAUCAUUCCAAUAAUUCCAGAGCAAAAAAGUCAGGAGCCAAAUGGGGAACCGAAGCUACGGUGCAAACCUCAGAGCUGUGCAAAGCAGGAGGGGACGUGUGCUGCCUGGGGCAGGGGGGGCAGCAGCCCUGAGAGCACUGCCAUUGAUUCUCCACAUCCUUUUCCAGCUCAGGUGCCCUUUCUCCUCCCUGCUGUUGGAUGUACUGAGGGCGUCAGGCUUGUGAUGGGCUACGAGUUGAGGUAGAAGCUCUGUGCAGAGCUGGGAUGGUUUGCACCAAGUCACAGCUGGGUCCCUUUGAUGGCUUUUACAGGCUGCCGUGUGGGUUUGUGUUUUAAUUUCCCUGACCCCCUGCCUGUAAAUUGGAGAUGAGAGCUGUGCCUUUUUGUCACCCAUUUCUUGGAUUAGGCUGUAAAUUCUUUGGCACAGAAAUCCAUUUUCUUGAUGUGCACACAGAGCACCCAGUCACACAAGGCUAGUGCUCUCCAUGGGGCUUGUUAAGAUAUAAACUAUUAGCAACAAACCUUUGUGUUAGCAUGCAGAGACUGUUUGAGAGAGACAGACAAGCUUUGGAUUUGGCUCCUGUACACACAGUAAGAAGUGGCUUUCUCCAGCCCUGAUAACACUGCUGUGCAAUGGGAGCUACCCAAGGUAUGGCUGUGACCACUGUCUCAUUUCACUGCAGGACUGAGUUUUGAAGAGUGACGUGGAAACAACGCUCCAGUUUCGAUGGACCCUUGAUGUUCUGAUGGCAGAACAACUCUUUCUCCCUCGAAAGCAGCAUAACCUGAGUCCUAAGGGGCAGUGACCGCUUGGAGGUACUUUGAAUUGAUGCCUGUGUGGCUCGUGCCCUCUCUGUUGAGGAUGCAAAUAGAGUGCUGGCAUGCAGACCUCAAAAGGCAGAUGUUUUUCUGCUAACACUUGAGCUGUUUGGGUCAGUGAGGCACUGGAGUGACACUACAACCCUCAGUAACAGAGGGCUUCAUCUGACACCCCAUUGCACUCCAUAGCUUUUGUAUGUUCUGCUUUCCCCUGGGACAAACUGUAUUUUUACAGCCAGCUGAAUGGCAGCUGAUAUAAUCAGGAGCACUGGGAGCAACAAUUCCUCAGGGCUGCAACUCACCUGGGCUGCCGUGUUUGUUCUUCCCAGGGAGUGAAGCCCUUAACAAAAGCAUGGACCAUUCCGUACGCAUUGCUCAAUAGGACAACUUCUGCUCUCAGUUUACAAGUCUGAAAACAAAGUAUAUACGAUACCAUCAAACUGCUUCAUUCCAAAGCCUGCUGCUCCUUCAAACGUCAAGGCUGUAACCUUCAGACUCUGAGCUCUGAACCUUUGCAUUCCUGGGGAUGCUGGUUGGACCUCGCUGUGCUUCAGGGCAGUGGGUGAGCUCAUACCUCAGUCCUGAGAGAAACCCAGCAGAGGAGGGAUGAUGCCACGUGAAGUUCUGCGUGCUGCUGAAAGCUCUUUCUUAGAAAACUUUAUUCCCCUUGUAGUCUAUUUCUGAAUCGUAAAUGUGCUCAGCUCACGUGUGCACGUUCUUCACACUUGAGGUCUCAGGGAUUGGCCUUCUUUAAUUAAAUGAAGACGUGCUCAACUACUUGCUUGCAGGUGUGGGAUCUUUAAACGUCACAAAUUUCCAAAUAAACCAGAAGAGUCAGGAAGGAAAAACAACAACAGAUCUCAAUACCUGUGAGCUGGUGAUGAAGCACCGCCAGAGGCCUUUCUCUUGCUCCUGCUUUGACCCACUUCUCAGCCAGUUGCUCAACCUCUCAGGAGCAAAUCUGCCAACCUUACUCUUCCUGCAGGACGAGAGGCCAUUUCAGCGCGGGUCAACAACAGAGAGCUGUGAUUUCAGGGUCAGAAAAAGGCAAUGCUCCCCAUAAAACAUGCUGAGUCCCAUCCCAGCUGCCUUCUGUCCAGGUGGAAUGCAAGAGGAGUUGUCCCAGAAGCAUCAGGCGGCGGCAUUGGGAUCCAUCUUCACCAAGCCUUGAAGACAUCAGGGAUGGGGAUGGAGGUGAGCUGCUCCCCACAAGUAUGGCCAGAUGGAGAAGGAGGAACUGUGCUGCACUGUGCUGUGAGCUCGGCCCUUCCUGGCCUCCUCUCCUUCCCACUUCUUAUUUUCUGUUGUCAGCAGUUGGGUUUGUUUUGGCUUUCAGUGCCCACAGAUUACGCAGAGCGCUCUGCAUGCUUUGCUGCAGCCAUUCGUGCUUUGGUCAUUCCUGAAAAGUCUCCCAGUGGACAGAUUUCCUGGAAAGCACAGGGCAUGAGUGCACCUUGUUAAUUUGCGUUAAUUAACCGGUCAGGUUCUCAUCUGCUGAGGUGAUGCAUGCUAUAGCAAAAGCUCUGGAAUAAACGACUUCACGUGGCCCUGGGGCCAGCAAUGGUAUUAGUGGAGAUUGAGCUCUAUUCCCCAAAACAGCAAAAGUCUCCACUCGUUUCACAGCUGAUGCCCAAGAGAAGCUUCACACUGGAGGGAAGAGGCAACAAAUGGUGCAAAAGAUCAUCUGCCCCAGCCAGGGAGGUGUGAGGUCCCAUCCCUGGGCAUCCUACCUGUGGUUGGCUGUGAGGUGGUGGUGGUGUUUUAUGAUAUAUGCAGUCAAAAGGUUGGUGUAGUUUCUGAGUAUCCAGUGAGUGAACGACAGGGCAGGAUUCAGUGCUGUGCUCUGAGCCUUUGCACCUCCCUUGCUGGGCUGCAAUGCCCCAUUUCUUCAGACAAGGCUUGAAUUCUGACUAACUGAGCAUCGACACGGCUGGCAAGCGAAACUGAAAGCAAUGCUUUUCCCUUCAUAAAAACACUGAGCCUCUCGGUUAAUUUUAUGAGCGUUUCUUCUUUUGUUUCAGAUGUUGUCUCUCAGAUGUUAGAAGGAACAAAUUAGAAUAAUUGAGUCAGAAUAUUUUCACAAUAUUGAGAUGUUUAGCUGGGAAAGUCCAGCUUUGCCUCACUGUAGCGACUCAUAAUUGGAACAGUAUGAUCCGAUUUGUUUCAUUUUUCUCUGAUGUUAUCAGAUAAAACAGAAAAUAUUAGGCAAGUACUGGGGAACCUUAAGGACCUCCGGCACGGUGCAGGUUCGUGCCCUGUGCUGAGGCAGUGACUUCAAAAGGCUGAGAAAAUUCAUUCCAUUCCAAGUGUAGGAAGUUCAGACUUCAGUCUGAUUCCAGCAAAUUUUUGUGCUUUUUCUGGUCAGGAGUUUUGGUGGAGAUAAAUGGGAAAAUGGGGUGUUGGAAGGAGAGCCAAAUUUUCACCUCUUGUCGCUGCUCGAGGUUUUGGCCAGGAGCAGGGAGGAAGACAGGCGUAGAAAACGUGAUCUAUGGCUGAGUGUUUCCCAUAGCCUUCGUGUCUGCCAUUGGCAGCCCUGUCCUGAAAGCUCUGAAUUUAUUCACCUGGCUUGGCACGCUGCUGGGCGAUGCACUUAAACUCCAAGGGACCCAGGCUGUGUGCUGUAAGGGGAUAAAUGAUUAUAACAGUUUAAUGUGUAAUCCAACCCGCGCGGUAUGAAAAUUCGACCCUUCUGUAAACAUAAAGGAGACUUAAAAUUCUUUCUUUGGAAAUCACCUGGCCUGCUCUAGUCUGCAGAGAAAAAAAAAAAGCAACAAAACCACAACGGACUCUUCAUAUUUGGUGUGUGAUGUUUGGUUUUAGGUGCAGAAGUGGACAUAAUCCAACGAGGAAUGAGGGCAUCUGCGUGCUGGUUGAGGACCACUGUGCUGGGACUCCAAUGGAAUGAGCCCUUCUGCUGCACUGCCUUCACAGCUGCACAAACCCCGUCCUUCCUCGCAGCCUCACCCUGCAGCUUCCAGAGCCAGUCAUGCGACCCAUCUUCUGCUUCAGAACAACAGCCACAGCCUCGCCCCUACCAAGGGGUCCGCGUCAAAGAGCCAGUGAAGGAGCUAUUGAAAAGGAAACGGGGAAAUGUUCAUAAUGCCACUGCAGCAGCAGCCACAACGGUCGUUUUGCCCCACCAGCCCCUCCCUUCCUACACACCAAUGGGCCAGCCGUGUAUCGACGUGGAUGCUGCUGCCCCUCCACUGCCCAGCACAGAGGAAGGAGCACUGUGUUCCAGCUGGCUCUCCCAGCCCUCUCCCUCAUCCCUGCAGCCUCUGACUCAGUGGACCACUUACCCCGACUACGUGUCCCACGAAGCAGCCAGCUGUCCUUACACUGCAGACAUGUACAUCCAGCCUAUGUGUCCCAGUUACACGUUGGUUGGGCCUUCGUCUGUACUGACUUAUGCUUCUCAGCCACUGAUCACCAAUUUCGCACCCCGAAGCAGCACCCCGGCCGUGGUGCCCCAGCUGGAGGUGACGGAGCAGCAGCCACCCAUCACCUACUUCCCGUGGGCUCAGCCCCUCUCAGCACUGCCAGCCCCCACCCUGCAGUACCAGCCGGCCUCUUCCACGCUCCCCACGCCGCAAUUUGUGCCCCUGCCCAUCUCCAUCCCUGAGCCAGCCCCGCAGGAGCUGGAGGACGCCCGCAGGGUCAUCGGCACACUGCCCCUAGAGAAGCUGCUGCUGGAAGAUGAAGACAAUGAUACGUAUGUGUUAAACCACGCUCUCUCUGUUGAAGGGCUUUAAGCUGCACGUCUUGGGUCCGGUCCUCGUAUACUCAAUGCUCCACCACGAGCACUGAGUACAGAGGAAACCCGGCCCAGAGUUGACUUGGGGUUUUAUUGUCCGCCUCCAGCACACCGUGGCUGAGUGCUGAGUGAAACUUGCUUUGUCCUGGGGCCCAGCACCCAAUGUCUGUGCUGUUACAGCCUCAGCACGAGGUGACUUUCAUCUCACAGCCUGAAAUGGACAAACCGUAGUGUAGCCGUGGCCAACUGCAGUGUUGGGUGAGGGUGCCCUCGCCUCUAAGUGUUGGCAAGACCUUUCCAGUAGGACUGCUUUCUAGAGCUAAUGCCUUGUGUAUGUCUUUGCUCUGUCUGUAGAGCUGUUUAUGCCGCUAGAAAAUGUUUGGGGGCCUGCAUUGGUACUUUUCAAAAUUGAACCACCCCUUUGGAAAACAAGAAGAUGUAGAAGGUCCAUUUGUUCUGCUGGUGCAAAUGGGUGCAUCAGUCCAAAGAUGAAAAGUCGAUACAGUUGAACUACAUGACAGUGCAGUAGGGUUUCCCUGUGCGCAGAGCAAUGCAAAGUGGCCUGGGUGAAACCUCUGAUUUCACGUGAAGGUGAAACUCAAAGCUCUCACCUUCUCUGUCCCUGUAAGACAGAUGUGUAGGCAUUGAAGGACAGUGCUUUGCAGUCGUGAUCUUUCAUCUACAGAGUGCUUUUUGGACUCUGAAUUUUCAUCUCGGAGAUGGGGGGCUGAUUCUGUGGCUGGCUGGUAAUGCUGCGUGUUCUACCAAUGGACAGAUCCUGGUCCCACUGACGCCACCGAGAGUUUUGCCUGAGUCAGGAUUGCACAGCAUGGCCCCAUAUCAGCAAAUCGUUGAGAAGACAGGGUCUUCCAAAACCUGGACUUCAGCCUAACAAGAAAUUUGUGACAUUACUAUUAGCUGGCAAUACUUUCAUUUCUUCUGCAGCAUUUGAGUACGAAGUUGUCGGUGUGCUGAGCCAGGGAACCUUAGUGACCUCUCUUGUGCCUUACUGUUAUGGAAAGUUCCUCUGCGUUGUAGUUUCCCAAGCUCACAGGUGCACACAUUCUCUCUUAUGGCUUUCUGGUUUUCUUUCCCAGACAACGAGUAGCUUUACCUUUUCCUCUGAUGCCGCUGUAAAUCUUGUUGUUGAUGUUCAGGAGUGCCAUGCCACAGACAUACUUGCAGAUGUACCCCCUUCUGAUUUUUGUUUAUCGUUUCCUUAAAAAAACCUGGGGGCUCUUGUCUGGUGAACACAAUUUCUCUGGGUUUUUCUGCUUUCUGAAGCCCAGGAUCCUUAGCUGAAUUCAGUACUUGUGAGAUUAUGCAAAGUAAUUUAUUGCACUGCUGACUGCCUGGUGCCCAGCACUCCAGUUGCCACCCAGGCAAUAUUUCAAGUAAUGUUUUAUGCCUGAGUGAGGUUUGCAAGAUCAGAGCAAAAGUCUUGAGGACUUUCAAAGCGUAUUUCAUUGUUUAAUAUUCACAAAUCUAGAAACACGAGCAACAGAUCAUGUAAGUGAUCAUAAAUCACUUGAAAAUAGCAGAAGUCCAGGCGCACCGAAAUUAGUGGCUUACAUUUGCAGAAAAACCCAGCAAAGAAAUUAAUUAGAAGGAGUUUGGUUCACUGCUGCUUACUCCAGUUUUAUGAGUACAGAAUCAUUCGGUAAAACUGGGAUAACAGGUGUGAGAACCAAACCUGUGGUUGCUAAGAUUGCAUUUUAAUUCCUUUCACUUCAAUGUAUGUAAAUUCUGUGUGUGGAUACCAAAGAUGAACUACUUCAGAAUUUCUUUCUGGGUUGUUCUGGUUAGAAAAAAAAAAAACAAAUUAUUCUCCAAUAAAGAUCUACAGUAACUUCCAUA